CAUUAUGGGACAAAUUCCUACCGCCAUUUUGAUCACCACGCUAUGCUUGUGUGAGAAAACCAGUGAUUUUAUGAAAUUGUAGGCGUUUCCUGUGAACGCUUGCGUUGCCUGCAAGUAUGGAAGCUGUCAGGGCUUUUAACAAUGAGUUGUCAUCUCUGUAUGAGACACGGCCACCCGUGUCAAGAGCCAAAAUGGCCAGUGUAACAAAACAUGCCAUAAAAGCCAUCAAAUUCUACAAGCAUGUGGUACAGAGUGUGGAAAAAUUUGUACAGAAGUGCAAACCAGAGUACAAAGUACCAGGCCUUUAUGUAAUUGACUCUAUUGUGAGACAAUCAAGACACCAGUUUGGUCCAGAAAAGGAUGUGUUUGCACCACGGUUUACCAAAAACAUAGUAUCUACUUUCCAGAACCUUUUUAAAUGUCCACCGGAGGAGAAGUGUCGGGUGGUACGUGUCCUUAACUUGUGGCAGAAAAAUGCAGUGUUUCCUGUGGAAGUUAUACAGCCUUUGCUAGAUUUAGCAGCUGAACCAAACAAUGUGGAUUUAGUUCUUGCAGCCCAACGUGCAGUAGAGAAGGUGGUGUCAGCACACCAGAGGAAUUCUACAAUGGCUGCAAGAACAAGCAAUGGUGGAGGAGAAGCAAGUUUAAUUGCUCAGCAAAGUGAAAUAGUCAACACUGUCACAAAAUUACUGGAACAGACAGGAGAGGGUAAUCUGCUGGCAACAGCUCAGGAAGGCCAACUGCAGCAACUACAGUUGCUCCAGCAGCAGUUGAUGAUGCACACUGAAAUGAUGUCAAGCAAACCUCAAACAACUCCCCCAGUCUUGGACAGCAACCUGUUAGCACAAAUCAAACUGCUUACAGACCAGCUUCUUUCGAAAACAUCAGACUCUCCUACACCUGUCUCACACAACAAUCUCCCCACUUCUGGUCCUGCUAUGGAAAGUGGAAGUGGAGGCAACUAUGGGGGAUAUGGGGACAGUGGUGGCAGCCAUGGUAGUGGCAUCAGUGGGGCAAACAGUGGAGUUUUGAAACAGAUGGCUGAACCAGGUUUUAACAGAAAACUGUUGGACUUUGACUAUGGUGACAGUGAUGAUGAGGAGGAAAGGAAAGAAGAGGGAGCAAAUGUACCACAGUCAUUACCAGGAGAGGUGCAGAAUAUCCUAAAUGACCCUAGCAUCAUGCAGAGAAUCCAGCAGAUGUCUGCAAGUCUACAGAACCCAGAACAGCAUCACCUUGGAGUUUCUCAGGAUAUGUUGCGUAAACAGCAUCUUGAACAACAGCAACAACAGUUUGACAAGGAGAUAAGUCAGAACCCUUAUCACAACUACGAUCAGCAUGGGGAGCAGUCAGAUGUAAUUGUUGUUGAGGAUGAUGGUGAUGAACGUGACCAAGAAAGAGAUUAUGACCGAGACCAUCGUAGGUCACGGCGGUCUCGUGACAGAUCCAGAUCACCAAGACGAAGAAAGCAUUCAAGAUCGCGCUCUAGAGAGAGGCGUCGAUCUCGAGACAGGCACAGGAGGUCAAGGUCAAGAGAUCAUGACCGAGAGCAGCAAAGAGAAAGAGAACGGGAAAGGAAGAAGAGAGGGCUUCCCCCUCUGAAAGACAAGCAUGUUGGAGUUUGCACGAGAACUUUAUGGUUUGGACAUCUUGCUAAACAUACUACUGAAGACGAACUAAGAGCAGCAAUUGAACAGUAUGGAAGUAUCGAUGCCAUCAAUAUGAUCCCACCAAGGGGAUGUGCUUUUGUCUGCAUGACUCGGAGAAAAGAGGCUGCGAAGGCUUUAGAUAGGUUGAAAGGUUAUAAACUGAACUCAAGUUCUCUCCGGGUGGCCUGGGCACCUGGCAUAGGAGUAAAAGAAUCUUCAUUCAAAGACUUUUGGGAUGUAGAACUAGGUGUUGCAUACAUCCCAUGGAGUAAAUUGCCAUCAGACUUAAGUCUCCUUGUUGAAGGUGCCACUGUUGAUGAGGAGUCUCUUCCAGAGCAUCUCAAAGGCAUUCACAUUGGACGAGACAUAGAUGAAGAUGGAGAUAGUCGCUCAGCACCUCAUUCAGAGAGCCAGACUCCUCAGAUGGCAACACCGUUAGCUAAUUUCCCUGCAUCAAUGCCAGGCAUUCCAACAUCCCAGCAGAUGCACAUGCUGGCACCGCACAUGAUGGUGCCUUUGCCAAGCCAGCCUCCUCCAAGAACCAUCCCUCCCUCCAGUCAGAUCCCACCACAUUCCAUUGGGCAGAUGUCUCUUCUAGGGCAAAAUCAUCCUGGCCAGGGUACAGGACCUCCCCAGGGAUUGACUGCAAAUCUUCAGACAGCAGCAGGAACUCCUGUUCUUUCUGCUACAGUGCCCAUAUCAUUAGCUAGUGGUGUUUCACAUGCACAGGCGGUCUCCGUUGCAGCAUCUCUUCUUGGAGCAGCUCAGAAUCUUCCCCUGAACAUUGGAGCAAUGGAUCGGGCUGGUGGACAGCUUGUGGGCAAUCCAGGGAUGUCAGGCAUCAACAGCACAAGUGCUCUUCUGGCUCAGAGUCAGCAGCAACCAGGCAUUCUUGCUCGUCCCAGCUUUCCUCCUCCUGGACAUCUUGGUGCAGCAGCUUUUGGCCUUCCACCACGUCAAGGAUUUUCCUUGCCGGGUCAGGCUUUGCGCCCACCUUUCCCAUCUGUUGUAGAGAAUGAGAUGGAAGAGCCAAAGGAAUGGCCUGCAGAUGACAGCAUCCUAGAAGAAGAGGCUUUGGAAGAAAUGGAGCAGGACACCGAUCAUCGAGUGGGCAUCCCACCUGGGAUGGGUGCGGCACCUCAGGGUGAUGGCAGGGGACCUGCACCGUUGAUGUCUUUGCCCAUGCUGGGCAUGCGCAUGCGUUUGCCAGGACCAGGAGGACCUCGCAUGGGGAUGCCAAUACCUGGAUUAGGUGGCAGUGGUGCCCCCCAGGCUGGCAUGAUGGUGGAGGUCAGCCAGCCUGGUGCAGCUGCAGGUAUGGCUGGACUCCCUGUGGGUGCUCUUGCAGCAGGACUGGCAGGACCAGGUGGCAUGCUGGGUCCCAGGCUAAUGCGGCCUGGAGGGCCCCAAGCCAUGGUAGGACCAGAAGCAGCUGAAGGCAUGAUUCGAAGUCCAAUGCCAGGUGGUUUGAUGGGGCCACAGGGAGGGGCGGCAGCUAUGGGCUUACGACUAGGAAUGGGGAACCAAGGUCCACGUGGAAUUGGCCCUGCCAAUAUGACACUGGGGCAAAGGAUGCCUGGUCUUCCAGGCAGCCCAGGGCUUAGAGGAAUGGGUCCAGGUGGUGGACCAAUCAGAAUUGUGCUAGGAAAUCAGAAUCCAAGAGGGCCAGGACCUGGAAGUUUAGGGGUUCGACCUGUGGGGAUGGGAAUGGAUGGCUUGAGGCCUGGAGGCAUGCAGGGUCCAAGGAAUGCCCUGGAAGAGAUGCAGGGGCCUGGUGCUGUUCGUAGUGGUGGUAGUCAAGGGCCCAGUGAAGGAAAUGGUCUGUUGAAUCAGGGACCUAGUGGGCUGUUACAGGGACUGAUGAUGGGAGCUGCUCUAAGGGGUGGUCGACCUGGACUUUUGGGUCUUCGUCCCAACAUGCCCAUGAAUAGUGGCUUUCGUUUUGGCCCUCAGCAGCCAAUGGGGAUCGCUUUCCGCGGUGUGCGGCCAGACUUUCUGAGACCUCCUGGCAUGGACAAACCAUUGAUGGAUGGAAUUCAUGGUGCGGACAGAUUGGGGCCAUCAUUCAGUGGUACUUUGGCAAUCAGGUCUUUGGAAAAUGAAGAAAAAAGUCCAGAAUAUGGGGAGGGGUUUGAAGAUGACGAUGAUAACAGAGAAAAUGUAGUCCCCAAAGACUCUGAUUUUAGAGUUGCAGACAAAGAUAUUAUGAUAAACUCAGACUUACGAAACAGCAAGGCAGCAGCAGCAGCAGGAAGUAUAGGUUCAGAUCUGGCAGAAAUAGCCAAGCCUAGAGACAGAGCAGGUAGACAGAGUCGAUGGAGUGACAUUGGUUCUAGUGACAGCAAGCUGUGUGAACCUCAUGCAGAGACCAAUGGGCCUGCCUUAGAGAGCGAGUGUCAAAGUGCCACUCAGGUUCAGUCUGGAUCGGAGGUUAUGACUGUAAAUCCCACAGGGAUGGAGGGCAUGGCAGAGGGAUGAAUUGUGCUUAUGAUUUGUUAUUUGUUACCAGCUUGUGUGGGUAUGUUUGGCAUCAUGUGUGUGCUGUUCAUUUUGAGCAGCUUGUUCAGACUGUAUUAGGUGUGUGUGGGUGUGGGCGCAGUAUAAAGUGGAUUGAAAGACAUGAAUUGUUAGGUAUUUAUUGUGCAACUGACCAUAUUGUUUGGCUUAUGGUCAGUUGGUUUCCACCAGUCCUUUCUUCCUGAUAUUUAAAUGAAGGGAGAAAAUCUAGAAAAUUAAAAGGGGAUGGACCAGAGCAUUGUGGCUGCCCUUGUUUUUUUUUUUUUUUUUUUUUUUUUGUUUUUGUUUUUUUUGUGAAUACACAGACUUGACUGCAGCUAGCUCUUAUUACAUGCAUAUUGUGCUGCAGCCGUACAUUUUUUUCAGGGAUGUUGCAGUCAUUUUUGGGAAAGCUAAUUCAUAUUCUCGUCAAUUCCAAACCGGCAGCAUAAUUGUCAUGCACAUGGCUUCCAGCAUAAACCAGUGGCUUUUCUGCACUGGUGGUCUCAGCAGUGUAGGUUACUAGUGCCGUGCACCCUGCAACACAUCAACAUGUGGAAGAUGGGAGCUGCUUGUUAGUCUGGGUUUUUUAAUUUAUUUUAAGAGAAACUUCCAAGACAUGACCUAAUGUGCAAAUCAUAUAAAUGGGCCAUUUAAAAUUGGUGCCUGCUUUCCCAGAAAUGUUUUAUACCUAAUAUCUUUCUUGCGCGUGGUUAAAUUUGAGGUAGGUUAUGGGCGAGUUAAGAGGAGCAACAAAAACAUUUUGGAGGGGCUUAUAUUUUUAUUUUAUUUUGAGUUUGUAGGUCAAUUAUCCUUCAUGUCUGAUUCAUCAGCAAUUAACUUAAAGUAAUUUGCUAGAAAAAUUCAUGCAGUGUUCCUUUUUUCUCUUCCCAGGCUCAGGCUCAAUUUUGCCCAGUGUUUUUGUUACCUUGUAAGAUGCUUAUAAAGGGGUUUUUCACUUGGUUAUAGUGGCUUGCUUUUCCCAGCUGAUAAGUUAGCCAUGAGUUACCUGGCUGUACAAAUAUGUACUGAGUUAAAUCGAUCUGUAGCAAUAGUUCCACUGACAAAAUUUUAACAUUUAGUGUACGUGGGUACAUACAGAAAAAGAUUGGAACAUGAAAAUGUUCAUGUUCUGCAGCAAAAGCAGAAGCACUGUCAUCUUGACAGAAAGAGGAACUUGUAAUACUUUCACUUAUAUAACAACCUACAUAUUUCCUUUUUUUUUUUCCUUAGGAGAAAAGGGACCUGAGGGUGCAGUGUGAUUGGAAUGUUUACAUAUGCGUACAUGUAUGUAAGAGGCCUUACAGUUGUAAGAGAAAACUGUUGUAAGGGAGGUGAUUUCAGGUAUCCAGUGUGUGCACUUGACCCUCUUUCUUUGCACCCUUUUGGUUUCUGACCGUUGCGUUAAUCAAUCAAACAUGCUAGCACUUGAACAAAACUUUAGUAUGUGGCAUAAAUUUCUUAAAGGUAGGCUACUCUUUUGAUGCAAAACAUUCACAUGAUCCUCAUCAAGUAUCGAUCGCUCAUUUCUGCGAAACUAGUAGAAGUGCUUUUUCAAAACAGCAUUAAAUUCAAAGGAAUCAAUGCUGGGAAAGUACAGGUGAACAAGGUGUGCUGUAGUUAUAAUCAAGUAACACGGGUGCACAUGGACUCUUUCAAUAUCCCAAUUUGUAUUAUAAAGCACUGGAAGUGAAGGCUUCACAUAGAAGUGUGGGAAAGCACAGAUCUUUUAGCUAUACAUCAAAUUUAUCAUGGCCCACAAGUUAGCCUACAUUACAAUUAACUGAUGCAGCUAAUGUAUACUUGCAGCAAGAAAGGCUUGAUGCAUCAAAGAUGCAGGGCAUAUUAAUGAUUUAACUACUUGCAGUUUUCACCCUAAAACUGCUGCACUAGUAGUGCUAGCAGACAUCAUACCAACCAACCAGCUUUAAACAUUAACACUGAAGCAUAAUACAGAGGAUAUUUUGGAGCAGUAUGCUAUCAACAUAGUGAAGGAAUAUUGAAUCCAAUAUUGUGUAUAAACUAGAAGACAGACAAGGUAGCACAAGAAAAUCCUUGUUCAAAGAUUUAAUGAAGUUAUUUAAAUGCCUAGUUCUUAUGUGUAGUUUUUGUUUUCCUUCUGAUGAUUAUGGUACUGCACGAUAAUCUUCACCCUGAACAGAGAAGGAUCUUGAAAAUGGUCUUUGGUUGAAUGUGCUGAAAACUAAGUAGCUGACCAGGCAUUUUUAAUCUGCUUGACUUAAAUUCCUUGUCUUGCUGGUGCAGUUGUACAGUGCUUUAAAGAGCCAUAAUACAACUAUAAGAAUGUAGUCCCUAUUUGAAUAAAAAUAACUGUGGCCAGCUGCUACACAAAUUUUAUGAGGAAUUUAGAUGUGUGAUAGGCACUGCUGCUAAUCAGCUCUUAUUGCCAGAAUAUUUAGUAUGAGAUAAGUGAUGCGUGACAGAUAAAUUAUUAGACUGACAAGAGCUGUAAAUAACUAUAUGAAAAUCAAGGUCUAAAUUGUAGACUGGAGGGAUGUCAAAUUAGAGAACAUCUUUGAGUUCAGUCUGGUGGUAAAGAAAUAUUUUUUGAGUAAUGUAAAAUUCUGACCAGUAGGUUUAAGUCACUCAGCAUUUCAAAGAAAAAUGGUGGCAUGAAUUUAACAGAAAGAAUUGAGGAUAUAUUGUUUGCCAAGUAAGAGAAGGGUUGUUAUUUUAUAGAGUUUGAGCUGAAGCACUUUAUAGAAACACUUCACCCACCAUUUCACAGCUUGAGCAAACUUGGAAAACACUCCUACCCACAGCAGCGUGGAACUGGUACCUUUGUCAAUUCUUCUGUCUCCUAUUUAAAACGUGUAAGGCUCAGAUCAGAUGGAGACACGCAACUGGAUCUGGAUUGGUCUUGGGACUUGUAAGUAUUCCAUGCCAUGAAAUGCCAGGGUUCUUCAACACUACUUUUUUAGUCAGGGUCCCUAAACUACACUUGGUCAAAAUUUUUGUCCUGUUACAGUUUACUUGGUUAGAUUUUUCAAGUCAUUUCAGCUUAGGGCUAAGUUAUUUUAUGUAAGGUGUCUGAAACAUCUUCAGAUACAAGUUUAUGUGCUAAGACAACCAGAAAACUGGUAAUUCUCAAUUUGUAAUGAUUUCACAAGGGACUGGUCUUGAAAAGGGACAAGUUUUUUUUACACAAAAAGUUAUAAUCAACCCAAGAAAGGUAAAUGUGCUAUAGUGUUUGAUGAAUCCAAAGAACAAAUUUGUUCAACUACUCUCUGGGCCAAGGAUGUGGUUAAAACAGGAUGGAAAGGUGCUUUACCUGAAAAAAUUACGUAUCACAUCUUUGGUGUUAGAACUGUAAAUUGACAAGUAUUCAAAUAUUAGGAUAGUUUCAGCAUAAAAUAACUUUAGUUUUGAAGGAUUGUAAUCUGGUGCUGCAUAUUUUGGGAUGACCAUUUCUAUUGUAUUCGAUAACUAACGUGAGGAUGGUACAAAGGGCGAAAAAUAUACGAGUAGACCAAACAGCCUGAUACGACAUAGACUUGCUAUUAGUUCUCCACCCACCUCUACAAAGUCUUUUCCUGUCAACGAAGGAGCACUUUUGAUACAUGGCAUGCAUGUUGAGUGUGAACAGCUUCCCACCCCACCUCACCAAAAAAAAUUUUUUUUAUCUUUAUUAAAAUGUCUUUUGAAUAAUUAAAAAUGCAUGUUGUAUAUUGUUUUUCACGAAUUUAAACUUCAUUACCAAAACAAACGAAAAAAAGAUUGGUUUGUGUUUCAAGAGAUGAAUGGUAAAAUGUGUUCUGAAUGGAAAAACAUUGUAUCUUGGAAAUAAAAAAAUUGGAUUCUGG